GUGAGUUGUAUCCGCACGUCCGCACUCCAUUAAUCGCCGACGUCGCGACGAAGGGACCGAUCCAUCGAUGCCGUUCAUCGCUGUGGAAGGGAGCACUGCGACACGAUCGCUGAGCCUUGGUGUGGAAAGGCCAUUGCCAGCACAUGCCUUUCCCGACGAGUUCGUCGAGUGCACACUGCGCUUGCAGCAUGGCGACGACAUCACCUUCCCGCUGCCAUUUCAAGUCGCGCUUGUUCACGCCGACACCAAGUUGACCGAAGAAUCGUCGUCGCACCUGGUGAUCGAUCCCGCGACGCCGCUUGUUUUUACGUCGGCAAUAUGCACCUUUCGCUUUCACCUGCGCCACGUUGUCCAGAACAUGUGCCUAAGAUGCUCUCUCGCGGCCCCGCACCCGAUGGUGUCUGUCUUGACUUCACCGAUCACGAUCGUCCAGGAAAAACUCGUGGUGACAGAACAACCUCCCGACGUUUGGUUCAAGGACGAAGGCGGUCGAGACAAGUGCAUGACGAUCCAAGUACAGGUCGAAGCCGCGCCCGGUCACACUGUUUCGCAGCGCAUUAUCCCACUGGAGCUAACGCUACUCUACGACAGUGGAGACGUUGUACAGACUUCCGCUGUCGCGACGUCGCCGUCCACGGGCAUUCUCAAGCUGUUUCCCGACUUACGGCCGAACAUCACGAAUGGCCACGUCAGCAUUUCAUUCCGCAUCGAAGACGUGAGCAAGAACCACCAGAACCAUUCGUUUGUAUUGCAGAUCGCUCCAGAGUCGAGCAACGUAUACGCCGAUAUCUCCAGUGUCCGCACGGCUCCAGUCGCCAUCCGUUCAAAACGGAACAAGCGACGAUUGGCAGGGCUCAAAUCUCCGAGUAACAACACUGCGUCGUCGCCGUCCGAGGUCACGAGCGGAGCCCAACGGCCACGCGCCCUUCCCACGCCCGUUCACCACUCCACACCGACCCAUGCCUGUUCCAAUGACAAGACUCCCAUGAACCGCCGACAUACGACUGCCACCCCGCACAACCUUCCACGCGCCCGGCCUACGUGGACUGACACCAUGCAAGAAUGGAAGCUCGUGGGGUACGAGAUCCACGAACACGACGGCUCCAUGAACAAACAAGCGCCAAUCUACCGUUGUCUCGCGUGCCUGGCCUUGACAGACGUGUCGCAGCAAGCGAGCCACGCGCCAACUUGCGUCUACUUUCGCCAGCAACAACAGCAUCCGUCGUACCAUCAACUCCCACAGCAUGCGAGCUCUAGCACCUCUCGCCCGCACUCCCACUAUCGAGUGCAGACACCUCAGAUGGUAUACGGAUAUAAUCACGUAGCAUACACACCGACUGGCCCCUCGCCACCUUCUAUGGCUGGCACACCAGGAGGCCAGCACGCAGGAACGCCGUAUGCACAGCAUCAAACAGGGCAACACCAGUCCUACAUGAAGCCAUCAUCAACUCCUUCCCAUCAACUCGACAACAUAUUCCUGUCGACAAAAGCGCCAACGCCAUCCAGCUCGUCCAUGUUGUCGCCAGAAUCGGCGGAUGCUCUGGCCAAGCCAAUGCUCAUGAUGGACAUGUACAUGUCGGCGCAAGGGGGACCCAAUGGGCUUCAGCACAGCACCACCACCCCCUCCAACAACAGUAGCAACUGGAAUAUGAUGCAACAACAAAUGGGAUCCACUCCAAGCAAUCAUGCCAGUGCGGGUGGCAGCAGCGUUGCGAAUGCAGGGUACAAUCCCGAAGUAUGCGUCGCGUUCAUCUUGGCCGCAAUGUCUACCGAUAUGCGGGGCGACAAGUUGGGGCUGCCUGCGUUUGACCAGUAUCAUCAACUUAUUGGCUUUUACAAGGAACAGUCCUCGCAACCAGCCCAGCAAGCCCAGCAGCCGCACCCUUCGCGCACGCAAGUUGUCUUUUACCCCGUGUCGGAUUUUCCAUUGUGCAACGCAAGUGGUAUCGCCGCGACCUUUGAAUCCGCUAUACACUACGGAUCGCUCGACGUGUUUGCGCUGUCCAAGUAUAUGGGGAACCUGUCCAAGAUGCAGGAAGAAGCAUUUUUGCAUUAUUGGAGCCAAAACCUGAUGCAAUAAGUGCUCGAAGGGGUGGUCACAUUGCGCCUUCGUCGUCACUAUCAGCCCCUUGGUCCAUGCGCACCUUUUCGUGGAUCGCAAUCAAUUCGACCUUGAACACCAACGUGGCAUUGGGCGGGAUUUUCGGUGGGCGUCCUGGUCGUUCAUCCAAGAGUUAGGUAAACAUUCAAAAUUCCAUCGCCUGUUGCCGCGUACCCCGAACGCCGUAUGCAAGGUUGGGCGCACAAGUAAUCUUGGCGGUUUCCCCCACGCUCAUCCGAGGAAUUGCGAGAUCCCAUCCUGUGAAAAUUUCAGCUCCACGACGUGGGGAUGGCCUGCCCAAGACGCAGUCAACCUUGAAUCACGUGGCCGGCCCCGACUUUGAAUUCGAGCGCGCCACCUCGCUUACGCGAUGCCUCAAACACUUGACCAUUUUCAAACUAAACGGAAUUGAUUCAAGAUGGAGUGAUAGACGAUGCACACCACGUACCAUAGCUGUAUAAUGCACGCGGGCGUACUGGCCCUUGUUUGGGUA